GCCUCGGCUUUCUUCCAUCCGAUCCGAUGAGCUGAUCGGAUCAAAAGGCAGCGGAAAAAGCCUGCAGCUGCAGCUGCCCCCUCGCCACCGCCCAAUCGUACUGGAACGCCAUUAAUUCCUUGCUCUCUGCUCUGCGCGCGUUUUCCGCGCAAGGCACCCCACCCCGAGCAGGUAGCGUACGUGAGUUGCGUACGAGCCUGCACCAAGCACGGGGGCGGGUCGGCCUUGGCCGAGACAAAGAACUGAGGCACCAUCUCGCAAAGCAGAGAAGAGGAGAGGAAGAUCUGCGGCGGCGUGAGUCGAGAGGGAGCGGCGGCCAUGGCCGGGCCUUGGAAGAAGCCUCUGUGGGGAGGGCCCCUGACGCUGGAGAAGUACCACCGCUUCUUCGUCGAUCCUUGGGGCGCCAGCAUCACCAACGACCAGCUCAACCACAUCGUCUCCAUGCAUGGCUUCGUCAAGCUACAGCCGAACAAGAAGAAAAUGAUGGACCAGCUGGUGGGGCACAUCGACCUGCAGCCGCCGCGCCGCUCCACUCUGCACAGCUCGGCUCCGGCGGCCCGGCCCUCCGCCGUGACCAUCACAACCACGCAGGUCGCGGCCGACGUCGACGCUAUCGGCUGGACGGAGUGCCCCAUCGGCUCUGUGGCCGCCUUCGCUGGCUUCGGGGAGGCCGCACCGGAGCGGCUGGAGCCCAUGCCCCCGCCCGCCCACCACGUGCUCGAGCUGGUGGUGCGACGCGCGCGGUCCAAGCGGACGCGCGGCUCUGCCUACCCGCGCGGUGUCGCGGCCGUGAAGGCGGAGGUGAUGGAAGAGGACAUGGAACUCGAAGAUGCGGGCAUAGAGCUCGAAGAGGCGGACAUGGAAGAGGCCAUGGAGCUCGAAGAGGCCGGCAUGGAAGAGGACAUGGAACUCGAAGAGGCUGACAUUGCGCAGCCGCCACCGUCGCCUCCGCCGCGGUGGAUGCGCUCCCCGACUCCGCCGCCUCCGUCCCCGUCGCCCCCGCGGCCACAGACGGCGGCGGUGCUUCCUCCGCCUUCGUCGCCGUGCGCGGUCGAGCCUAUCCUCUCAUCGCCACCAGGCUUCAGCUCGCCACCGCCACCAGGCUUCGGCUCACCCCCGCCACCCGGCUUCAGCUCGCCGCCACCACCAGGCUUCAGCUCGCCCCCACCACCAGGUUUCGGCUCGCACCCGCCACCGCGCUGGCACCAGCCUACGUUGGCGCCUCUCCCUAUCCCACCACCAGGCUUCGGUUCGCCACAGGUGACACCGCCUAUUCCGCAGCCAUCCUGGGGCUUGCCUGCAGGACCGCCACCAUUCUGUCAACAGCCAGUGCCGCCGUCUUAUCCGGCACCGUGCUGGGGCGCGCCCUCUGUGCUGCCGCCACAGCAUGCGGCCUGGGGCUGGCCGCAUCCACCGCCCCGCUGGGCACCACCUCAUAUGCUGGAGCAGCAGCGGCCGCCGCCACCGUGGGGCUUCAUGGAGCCGUCGGUGCCUUAUCCUAUGCCGCUGCAACAUCAGCCGUAUUUUGAGGGGCAUCAAUGGCCGCAGCCACCGUGGGGCUACAUGGAGCCGUCGGUGCCUCCUCCUAUGCCGCUGCAACAUCAGCCGCAUUUUGAGGGGCACCAAUGGCCACAGCCACCGGGGGUGUCCUGGCCGGUGUUUUAGAAACUGCUAAGUUUGAUGGUUUACUAAACUGACAUGAUAUUAGGGAGUUGCGAACUGUAGUUUACUAUUUCCCUGCACCUUCAUUUCCUAGUAUUGCCACUAUUGUGUUCAGAAACAUGAUCCGUAGAAUAUCUGAAUGAAACAUAUUGGCUUGACUAA